CCUCUGCGGAUAAAUGGUGUAAAAGUGUACACUGAAAAUGUGGACAAAAGGCAGAUCAUUUUGGAUCUUCAAAUCAGUUUUGUUGGAAACUGUGAAAUUGAUUUGGAGAUCAAGAGAUACUUCUGCAGAGCUGGUGUGAAAAGUAUACAGAUCCAUGGCACUAUGAGGGUUAUCCUGGAACCACUAAUUGGAGACAUGCCCCUAAUUGGAGCACUAUCCCUUUUUUUCCUUAGGAAACCUCUUUUGGAAAUUAACUGGACUGGACUGACCAAUCUUCUGGAUGUUCCAGGACUGAAUGGGUUAUCAGAUACAAUAAUAUUGGAUAUAAUAUCCAACUACCUGGUCCUUCCAAAUAGAAUUACAGUCCCCCUUGUCAGUGAAGUGCAGAUUGCUCAGUUGCGGUUUCCUAUACCAAAGGGUGUUCUAAGAAUACACUUUAUUGAAGCUCAGGACUUGGAGGGGAAAGAUACUUACCUAAAAGGGAUUGUCAAAGGAAAGUCAGAUCCUUAUGGAAUCAUCCGUGUGGGCAACCAGAUUUUCCAAAGCAAGGUCAUCAAAGAAAAUCUCAAUCCAAAAUGGAAUGAAGUUUAUGAGGCCUUAGUAUAUGAACAUCCAGGACAGGAGCUAGAGAUUGAGCUCUUUGAUGAAGAUCCAGAUAAAGAUGACUUCCUGGGAAGUUUGAUGAUAGAUUUAAUUGAAGUUGAAAAGGAGCGUCUUCUAGAUGAGUGGUUUACUUUGGAUGAAGUGUCCAAAGGAAAAUUGCAUUUGAAACUGGAAUGGCUCACAUUGAUGCCAACUGCUGAAAAUCUAGACAAGGUGCUAACAAGCAUUAGAGCUGAUAAAGACCAAGCCAAUGAUGGGCUUUCUUCUGCAUUGCUUAUUCUCUAUUUGGACUCAGCAAGAAACCUGCCUCAUAAUCCAUUAGAAUUUAACCCUGAUGGCUUGAAGAAGGCUGCUGUUCAGAAAGCCCUAAAGUCAGGAAAGAAAAUAAACAGCAAUCCCAACCCACUUGUUUUGCUGUCAGUUGGACAUAAGGCACAGGAAAGUAAGAUUCGAUACAAGACCAAUGAACCGGUAUGGGAGGAAAACUUUACUUUCUUUGUACACAAUCCCAAAAGACAAGAUCUUGAAGUUGAGGUGAGGGACGAACAGCACCAGUGUUCUUUGGGGAACUUCAAACUGCCUCUAAGCCAGUUGCUGGAGAGUGAAGAUUUAACUAUGCAUCAGCGGUUCCACCUGAGCAACUCUGGUCCAAACAGCACUAUAAACAUGAAGAUUGCACUCAGGGUCCUUUCUCUUGAAAAGCAAGCAAGAUCUCCAGACCAUCAACACUCAGCCCAAGUAAAAAGGCCAUCUCUUUCCAAAGAUGCAAGAAAAUCAUCUUUUAAGCCUCAGGUUCCUGUCUCACCGCCACCUGAUUCAAACAAACCUGUUCCAGCUUCCCCAGUGACUGAUAGUGAUAGAAAGACUGAUACAGCUGAAAAAAGUCAGCCUCCCAAUGCCAGCCCUCAGUGGCCAACAGAUCUCAGCCGAAGUUCCUCCAGUCUUCAUGCCUCUAACUUCUCUUAUUCUCCCAGCCACCUAUCAGUCAAAGAACCCACUCCUAGCAUAGCCUCAGACAUAUCUCUGCCUAUCGCCACACAGGAGCUACGGCAAAGACUACGACAGCUUGAAAAUGGAACAACUCUGGGGCAGUCUCCAUUAGGACAGAUUCAGCUAACAAUUCGUCAUAGUUCACAAAGAAACAAACUGAUUGUGGUAGUGCAUUCAUGUUACAGAAAUCUAAUAGCGUUUUCAGAAGAAGGAUCCGACCCAUAUGUGCGAAUGUAUUUAUUGCCUGAUAAGAGACGAUCAGGAAGAAGAAAAACACAUGUAUCAAAGAAGACAUUAAACCCAGUGUUUGAUCAAAUAUUUGAUUUCAGUGUUUCCCUGCCUGAAGUACAGAGAAGAACACUAGAUGUAGCAGUGAAGAACAGUGGUGGUUUCUUGUCCAAAGAUAAAGGGCUGCUUGGCAAAUUAUUAAUACCUCUGGCAUCUGAAGAACUUGCUAAAGGCUGGACCCAGUGGUAUGAUUUAACAGAAGAUGGUACGAGGCCUCAUGGUGCAAGUUAG